AUGCAUCCACUUCUUCCGAUCCUCGCACUGUGCUCCGUCGCCUUUCUGUAUGAAGUACAGGUGAAACAGGGAGCAUCAAAGGGUAAAUCUACUAUCAGCUCGUCUUCAGGGAGCACCUCUCGUCGUUGCAAAGAAUGAGAUCGACUUGCCGACUGAGACGCGAGUGAAGCGAAACGGAGGCUGCGGGUGUUGUGGAUGUUGCGGAGGAGGCUGCGGUGGCUGUUGCGGUGGCUGCGGAGGAGGCUGCUGUGGUGGCUGCGGCGGUGGCUGCGGCGGAGGCUGCUGUGGUGGCUGCUGCUGCUGCCGUCCGUGAGUUUUAUGUCUCAAUCCUAAAAUCAGAGCUUUACUCUUUUCGCAUCUUUUUUUCAGGUCUUUCUUUAUUACCGAAAGCUCUAAAAUUUAGAGUGUCUAAAAACCAGAGUUUAGAAAAGCAUAUUUUUCGCUAGCUCUUCGAUUUCCAGAAAAUGCUGCUGUACAUGCUGUCGCACCUGCUGCUGCACGAGAUGCUGUACUUGUUGUCAACCGUGCUGCUGCGGCUGUGAGUUUUCGCUUCGUGUCGGAAACUAUGUGUAGCUUGUUUCAGGUGGAUGCGGAUGCUGUGGAUGCUGCGGCGGAAGAAAGAGACGAGCCCUGCAGGCCCUCUCGGCCAAGCUGUUCUCCAAACGACAGGCAGAACGGAACAGCUCUGAAUCUUCAGAAUACGCUUCGGAACAGCCUGUGCCACCUGUUGCCGACUACACAAAGCCUGUAAAGGUCGAAGAUUACAGAAAACCGAAGAAACGCCGAUUUUCAGGCGGUGGGAGUGAUUUCUCAGACGUCCAUCGGAUCUAUAGUCAAUGCACCUGAGAUGCCCAACGCCUACGGAUUCUACUAG